CACAACACCACAGAGACACGCCAUGAAAUGCUGGAUUUACACUGCGGACAGUCCUAUAACAUAACCGUAACAACAGUGAGUUACAGCCGGCAUGGCAUUUCGAGUACUUCCGUCCAAAUACAAACUGCACCCUGCAUUCCUGAGAAUCUAACGGCUGAGCUUAAUUGUGAUUUGAACACAAUAUCCUUCUGGUGGGAUGAGACUGCUGGAGCAAAGUUAUACACUGUGACUGUUCGAGACAGUCAAAGAGUUACGGCUUUAUUCAACACAAGUGAUACAAGGGCUCAAAUCCGGGACCUGCAGUGUGGUGAAUAUUAUACAAUCUCUGUCCUAGCAACAGAUGACAUCUGCAGGAGGCCCCAGGGAGCAGUGGUGAAUGUACAUUCAGUCCCUUGUGACCCACAGAAUGUGGAAGUACAACUGGAUUGUAACCUCAAUACUGCGCUGGUGUUGUGGGACCAUAGUGAAGGAGCACUGUGUUAUACCGCUUUUGCAGAAGGAACUGACGGAGCCAACAUAUCAUGCAGCACAUCAGAAACAUCAUGUAGGACACCCAUGUUACUCUGUGGCCAGUUAUACUCCAUAUAUGUUGUUGCAUCAGAUAGCACGUGCAACCAUUCUGUGAGUUCAGCAACUGAAAUUCAGACAGCCCCCUGCAGUCCCCAGAAUGUAAGUGCUCACUUGGACUGUACAACACACGCAGCGUCAGUUUGGUGGGAGGAGAGUGAGGGGGCAGUGUACUAUGCUGCCAUGGCAGAAGGAAUGGAAGGAGACAAGUACGCAUGCAACACAACAGAAGCAAACUGUGAGAUCGCAGGCCUCCCAUGUGGCCAAACGUACAAUAUAACUGUGUUAGCGAUGGACAGAAGUUGUACCAGUUUACCAAGUCUAGCUUUUGAAAUUCAAACAGUACCUUGUAUCCCACAGAAUGUGGUAGCUCACAUCAACUGCAAGAAUAACACUGUCUCUGUGUUUUGGGAUCCCAGCAAUGGCUCAGAGUCAUACCAUGUAACAGCACAAGGGACCAAUGGCCACUGGGCCUCCUGCAAUACAACAGGCACUGAAUGUGAGGUCUCUGAUGUGUACUGUGGACUGUAUUACUACAUAACUGUACAGGCAGUCCGCAUGGGGUGUAACAGCUCACAAAGCUCUGCUCUGGCAGUUAAAGCAGUACCGUGUGUCCCCCAGAACGUCAAUGCUUACAUGGACUGUGAUUCUGGAUUUCUGUCAGUCUCCUGGGAGUUCAGUGAAGGUGCAUCAUCAUACAUUGCCACUGCAGAAGGAGGUGACGUGCAGCGAUGCAGCGCCAAUGAUACGCUGUGUGACAUUACUGACCUGUCCUGUGGAGAGACCUACACUGUCACAGUCCUUGCGCACGAUGACACCUGUGACUCUGCUGAAAGUCCUUCCAUCACAGUGAGAACAGUAUCUGAUAUUUUCACUCUGGGAAAGAGACUUUGCAACGACACCAUCUGUGGUUCUCAUAGUGUUUGA